UGUUCGUGUUCGUCUUCCUCGAACUCGAAGUACAAGAGGCACCACUGUCACCAGGCAGCAUUGAUGAGUUGUGAGCGGUCAGUCCCACACAAGUUCGUGGGUCACAGAAGAUAUUUACGAAAUCAAAUGGGUACGAAAUCUAACGUCACGGGUGCUUCUACUGAGUGAAGGAGAAUAAAAAUGCGUCGACGAGAGAUGAAAAAAC